UGUUUAGCUUCUGCCUGGAAAUCAGACACAUCUCUGAGUCUUCCUUCACAGGAGAGAAAUGCGUGUAGCCGUGGUGGCAGCAGACGUGAUACUGCUCCUGAGCAUGGGGUGGACGUCAGACGCUCUCUGCUCACCCACCGUUUUUUACAGAGAUUGCUGGAUCCGUCGCUUCCCCGGUCUCCUCAUCGAUCUGGAGGAGUCUCAGAAGCUGGGAGCCCAGUUCUUGAAAUAUUAUUCUGAAAGCACUGGCCAGAAGUGCAGUCGGAGCUGCUGUCUUAGAAAGGAUGUCUCCUGUAACCUGGCUGUCUUCUACCAUGACCCUAUUCAUGACAACGUCAACUGCCUCCACAUCCACUGCCCAACACUGGAGAGCUGCAUCUUAGAACCCGGGACCAGUGCCAUUCUGUACAACAUAACAGACGGUAUAGAUCCAGAUUUGUUGGUUUUUGAACAAUCGCCUUCUGCGUUCCUAAAUACCCGCUCUUCUUCUGAUAUGUGGGACAGACUAAGGAUUCUAAAAGCUAUGAAUUUAGAUCAACAACAAACCACCGUGAUAAACCAUGUGAUACCGUCAAUAGAGGCUCCCUCAUCAACCACACAUGAAGAUUUGGUUGUAAAUACAAAAAAUACCAGUUAUUCCAAGGAGUUAACCACAGAUUUUUGGGCAAGCUCCACUGCCCCGAAUAACCUGAAUGACUCCAUUACAACAAAGGUAAAUAUGAUGUCACCAAGCACUGAUGUCAUCAACAAAACGCAUAACAAGACUGUUUCUCCUUUCUUCAUGCCCACAGGCACAAAACUUUCUCAGAAGCCUGUGCCAUCCCAACUCAACAGUAGCAAACAAUUACUGAAUAAAACCAAGGGGUACAACAGCAAAAACAACACGUCUGUGAAUGGAGCCGAGACACCUGAUGGGGCAUCGGUGACUCUAAAGACCUGGCUGGUGCCGGCAGCCCUUUGUACCUCUGUCGUCCUCCUUUGCUGUUGUGGGGCCAUCCUUGUGUCUGGAUGCUAUCAAAAGCACCAGUACAAACUAGGACGAAGAAAGUCAGGAUCCAGGAAAAUUAAAAAAUGUAACACUCCGAAGGAGAACUAG